AUGGCUAAUUUGGAUAAUUUAGUCCGACAUUCAGGAAAGAUGGAAAUUUCGAGGACCAAUACUUGCAUGUCAAAGCAAUAUUCUAUAAUUUUUCAAUUGCAUCUUUUCUCUUUACUUUUAUCAGUUUUUAUUGCUUUUUUUAUCAACAAUUUAUCUAUUACAUUUUUUAUAAACGUUAUCAACAAAAAAAUCAAUAAAUUAUUUACAAUGACCUUUUCUUCAACGGGAAAAAUACCUUGUUAUGAUUCAUUUCAAACAUAUUCUUUCUCGAGGAUUUAG